CCAACCCCUUCAAAGCGCACCUCGACACGCUCUUUCCAUAACAAGCAAAGGUCGUGUCAUGCACCGACAGCUGAUGUUUCUGGCGGCCACGCUGGUGGCCGUUGGAGCGGCCGUGCCGUCAGUUUUUUCCUCGAGCUUUGCGCCGAACAGCACCGCCUGCCAGAGGCUGUGCAAGGAUGGCCUGGGUGGGCUGCCGUGCGGCUGCGACCCUGAUAAGACGUCCAAGCAAAUGUCCAAGGACAUCUACCACUGGCGCACCAGCCACCCUGAGGACAAGAUCAUCAAAGGGCCACGCUGGCAAAUUUGUCCUCUUCUGUGCCACCUCAAGUUGGGCCAUCCGCUGUGCGGAUGUGGAGCGAAAAAUAAGCCAAAUGUAGAAUUGGAACAUGAAAACGUGUGCAACUUGUGCGACCUGGUAAUCGAUGAGCCUGACGUCUUCAAAAGAUUAGGUUGCGAUAAAAGGAAAUGCGGCGCGUCCUCGAUGAAUCGGAACUAUGAUUUGACCCUCGGCAUCAAUGAGAUCUCGAACGGUUUGUUGGAGGAAUUUGUCGACUGGAACCUUUGGUGCACAAUCCAGUGCGAAGAGGGAGACGGCGGCAUCGCCUGCAACUGCGACAUGCUGCCCUUACAAUUAGCGGAUUAAUUUGAAUGAUCCAAUGAAAAUAUUGAUAAUAUUGAUAAUUAUUUGCAUAUUAUAUGCUUAUUUUAACUAACAUAGUAUUUAAUAUUUUAAUUUGUAUGGUAGGGGGCGGAAAGGGCUACUUUAUUUAAUAAAUAAUAAAUAAUAUAUAUAUGCAUUGUAACUACCUUGAAAUAUUAUAAUCGUGCGCUUUCAUUCAAUGUUUCACAAUCUUUAAUAUUUUUCAUCACUAUUAAAAUAAUUAAAUAUCCAGUAUGUGUUGAAAUAAUUAUAAAAUUAUGCAUUUCAUUGGCCAAAAUUUCCUCAAGCAUAAACCUUUUUACAAAAUAAUAAAACAUUCCCUUUAUUUGAUGCGAUUUGGAUAAAAGAAAAUUGGUAAAAAUUAUUCAAUGAAUGGUUCAAGCUUCAAAAAUUCAGAAAAGUAU